UUCCACGUCGGCGGCAGUGGCAACUCAUCCGGUGGCGAGAGUUCCUGUGAUGACCGAGGAGGACGUCAUCGCGGGCUCCAUCGCAGCGCCUCCGACCCUGACUGUACGACGUCCAGUUCCGAGCAGUCCUGCGAUACGGUCAUCUUCCUUGGUUCGUCAGACUUUUCCCAGCCACCGUUGUCGAAGCCUGAAUCGUUAUGCUGUCGGAAGCCGUCCGGUGCUCCUUCUUGCUUUCCGCCUGCAGCACAGAAGCGGGAAACGCAGCGAGAUUUUCCGAGCCAUUCUUUCCGCACUGUCGAUACCCCCAUCUAUCUGAGUUCUAUGGCAGCUGUAGGCAGUGACAUCAACAUCAGACGCGACGAGCCUGUUUCCGGCCAUUCGUCAUCGUUGAACAUGAACGGUCCCUACCAUCUGGGGCGGUCUCCUGAAGAGUCAAGGCGAACAGGAUCCGGCCGGCCGUUCCAAAGAACAGAGCCCGAAACUUGGGUCGACGGGCCAAAGGCACAGCUCCCUGCUGUUCCUGAUUUACCCCCUCCGGCUUUGGCAAACAAUUACAAGAUCGAACGCGUCAAAAUGUGGAUCUCGCAGCAGGAGAUGGAACAGCGCAGCAGCGGUCUGUUCAUCCUUCACAAACAGGCAAACGGCGUUGUGCCACCCAAAGGUUUGAAACCGCCCAUGGGCACUGAAGCGGUGCCUAUUCCGAUAUAUUCUUCGAAUUCAGAGACCACUGGCGAGCAGUGCAACAUGACCAUCCAAACCGCAAGUGAUGCCAGCAUGCUAACCGUUGCGUCUGACGUGGAUUGCGUUUGUGGUCCUGCACCGUUUCCUACGCAGUUGAGUGAAAGCGACCUUAAGGCGUUGGAGGACAUCGUCGAAGUGGAGGAGGAUAGUGUUUCUGACCAAGUCUCUUAUUACUCGAUGCUCAAUCGGUUUUCGGACGUGCGCAACAGUCCGGGUGGCUCGAGUUUCCAGAACCUCUCCACUCAUUCCCUGCCCAAAGGCGUCAUGUCGUCGUGCACUUAUGACUAUUCGUUGGCCAUACUCAGUCGCGAGAGCAUGGACAUGGCCUCAGAUUCGCUGACUGGCACUACUCCCGACUUAGACGAGGUCGAAAGCGUUUCAUCAGACCGCAACGACGAGGAAAUCCAGAAUGAUGAGGAGUUGGAGCGCGCCAUGGCUGCCAGUCUGACGUCGGUUAGGUCGCAUGAAAUUUUACAACAGCUCAAAGCCGAAAAGGUGCAGCUGAUGACCUCCGCCGCAGCCACGAUAUCCUCGAUAGGACACGUGGGAAAAUACGGUGACAGCGUGGCCCAAAUCGACGAAUCCUUGAAUCGUCUGGAACUGCUCUGUCCUGACACCGGAAUUUCCCUGCCUUACAGCAGUGUCAAACAGGUCGCUGUCGAGGUGUCUAUCGCCAAAACCAAUGGCUUGGAGGACGUUACGUUGACUAAGACGUUGUUAAGGUCGCCAGAGGCGCGAGAGAAGCAUGGUCUAGAAAAGCCAAAGCAAAAGCCCUCGAAAGAGCAUAAAACGAGAAAGGGCGAUUCCGCCUCUGCGUCGAAGCGAAAGCACCAACCGGCUUUUCAGGGUGGUAUUUUUAAGCGAAAGAGCGAGAAGGUAGAGGUGGCCACAUCGGCAAUGAUCCUGCCAUCGAAGGGCUCGAGCCCAAAGUCCGAAAAGGCCGUCGACAAGCGCCUGAAGUUCUCCGCUGCCACUCUGCCAAACUCAGCCCGAGGAGGCUGCUCGAAGCUGUGGACGAUGGACCGGUCAUCCGCUGUCUCUCACUCCGGCCAACGGUCAUCGUCCGGCUACGACUCCGGCAACGACAGCGGCAUUCUGGCCGGCGAAUCGCCGUCGUUCCAGUCGCCAUACAGUAAGCUGACAAAGCCAAAGUCAAGCGUGUGCACCAGCAGCGGGCGCGGUAGCGACAAUAGUUCUGCCAUCAGUGCCGAACCCCUUGCUGUGCCACCUUCUUCCCUUCACAGGACAAUGGGCGGCAAACUGAAUUUCGUCGUCAAUCCGUUCAGGACCAAUCGUCGUGACUUCCUGCCGGAAGCGGCUCGUGAAGCCGCUACCUCUACAGUAACCGUUCCCGGCUCAAAGAAUUCGUCGACGGUCAAUUCUCCAUCGCCGCUCAGCUCUGACCAAGCGGAAAGUUUGCCCAGCAGUCCUAAAUGUCAAGCCGGUUGCAAAUUUGGUUCAAAGACGUGGUUCCACAACGUUUUGAACUUCCGCUCAAGAAGCGCUCCUCAGAGUCCGUCGAAUUUCCCCGGAAGGACUUUUUUAUCUGUUGUCAGCAGUCCUCGUUCACCCUCUCGGCCGUUGCCAAGCACAUCGACGUGUAACUCCCAUGAUUAUGCUAUCCUUAAAGCGAAGAUUAACGGCCUCCUACAAAAGCAGGAAGAACUGAAAAAGGAACUGAAGCGAGCCAAAAAGCGUCUCUGCGUUCCUAGCAAUAAAUGGAGUUACGAUCUUCAUAUCGCUGAAUACUUGGAUACGUAUUCGUGGAACGUGUUGGAGGCUCUGACCCAGGAAACGAAAAUUUUGGAAAAGAGAGUAAACGCCUGCAAAUCGCAUGUCAUGUUGGUUACGUACGAUAUGGAAACGACAGGAGACCGGCUCAUGAAUGAACAUGCGCAUAUCAUAUUGAGGACACGCAAACAAUGGCUAAUUGCAGUGAAAUUCAUCAACUGA